AUGUCGGACGAGGAGCACCAUUUCGAGUCAAAGGCAGAUGCCGGAGCCUCCAAGACCUACCCACAACAAGCUGGUACCAUCCGCAAGAAUGGCUACAUCGUCAUCAAAGGCCGCCCUUGCAAGGUGGUUGAAGUUUCAACCUCAAAAACUGGCAAGCAUGGUCAUGCUAAAUGCCACUUCAUCGCCAUUGAUAUCUUCACUGCUAAGAAGCUGGAAGAUAUUGUCCCAUCUUCCCAUAACUGCGAUGUUCCUCAUGUCAAUCGUACUGACUACCAGCUUAUUGAUAUUUCUGAGGAUGGAUUUGUGAGUUUACUGACUGAAAAUGGUAACACCAAGGAUGAUCUGAGGCUGCCAACUGAUGAUAGCCUUCUGACCCAGAUCAAGGAUGGUUUUGCUGAGGGGAAGGACCUGGUCGUGAGUGUGAUGUCUGCAAUGGGAGAGGAGCAGAUAUGCGGUCUCAAGGAUAUUGGUCCCAAGUAG